AACCCAGUUUAGCCAAGUUUGUUUCUCAACGUGAUGCAAUCAAGGCAGGGGAAAUUUUUUUGGGUAUUGUUUCCGGGAGGGUUUUUGAGAGCAGAGCCUUCCUGCUUUUGGUAUAUAGGACAAGAGAUUUCCUGCUGAACACAGCGUCCAAAAGGCUGGCGGGGGUGAGGAGGUCUGGACAGAGUUCCAGGAUGAAGUCUCCGGUUCCACCUCUUCUGAUCAUCUGCCUUGUGAUGUCCUUCAACAGCUACACCCAGCAGGUUCCUUACUGCCCACCCCACCCUGCUCCAGAAAAUAUCACGGAGUUUGUCUGCAACUCCCCAUCUCUCCGUGAAUUUCCCGCCGGCUUCCCUGUACGAACUAAAACGAUCUCCGUUGAGUUCACCCAGGUCUCCAGCCUUGGCGUGGAAACCCUCCAAGAUCUCCCAAACCUCCAGGAACUUCACCUCUCCAACAACAGGCUGGAGACCCUUCCCAGUGGCCUCUUCCGUAACCUCCCAGAACUGCACACCCUGGAUCUGUCCACCAAUCUCCUGGAAGAUCUACCCCCGGAGAUCUUCACCGAUGCGACGAACCUGACGCUUUUAUCCCUCAGUGAAAACCGACUGGCUGAGCUGCGGGCGUCCUGGUUCGAAACCCUGAAGGAACUUAAGAUCCUGAGCCUUGACCGAAACCAGCUGAAGGAGGUCCCCGUUUCCUGUUUCUCCAAGCUGAAGAAGUUGACCUUUCUAGAUCUCUCCUCCAAUCGCCUUCAUCGUCUCUCUCCAGACAAGUUCAGCGGCCUAGAAAAUUUGGAGAGGUUGAUCCUGGAAAACAACCCGAUCCGAUGCGUUGCCCCGAGAUCCUUCCAUUGGGGACCCAAGCUGAGCGUGAUCUCCCUGAGGAACUGCAGCCUGACCGACAUCACCCUUGGGGAAUUUCACCUGUUGGACCAACUGGUGCUGUUGGAUCUCUCCGCCAACGAGCUCACCAGGCUGGAUCCUCCGGCCGGCAUCCUGUCUGCCAAUCUCAGCCUGGAUCUUGCAGGAAAUCCUUGGGCGUGCGACUGCCGCCUGGACAACCUUCUAACCUGGGUCAAGGAGCACAAGAUCCAUUUAUUUUCCAAGCGGGAAAUUGUCUGCGCUUUCCCCAAGAAUUUCAAAGGCGAAGAGGCAACCUCACUUGGUCGAUCCCAAAUUUGUCCCUGCUAAACCUUCGGAAUGGAUCCUUUUCCUUCCACCCUGCUUCGCCAACAGCGAGAUUUCCCGGUGUGGGGAGCCUUUCCAGUUGAAUUGGACUUCAGCUCCCAGAAAUCUCAGCAAUGGCCGUGCUGCCUGGGGAAUUCUGGGAGUUGAAGUCCACAUAGCUGGAUUUAAAGGAGAAGAGCCAGAACAGGAUUGGGGGAAAAAAAUUAGGGAAAUACUGAUUUUAGGGAAGAAAUAGCUGCUCGGGAAGAGAUGCUCAAAAAACCCAACAAUAUAGGUAGUCCUUCACUUACAAUCGUUCAGUUAGAGACUUUUUGAAGUAUGAAGAGCCCUGAAGAAAGUGACUGAUGAGUGGAUCAUAAUCAGAAUAGAGCUGCAAGGGACCUUGGAGGUCUUCUAGUCCAACCCCUU